UCAUAGACUGGCUUCAGGGAGGAGGACAGAGCUUGAGCCCAGUGGGGACCUUUGUGCCGUCACUCAGCUUCCAUGGUGCUGGGAGGGGCCCUGCCCAAGGGACAAAAGCGACUGCAGAGGAUUGUCAUCUAGGUUGGCAUUCUCACCCAACCUGUGGGUCGAGACCCCUUCCACAGGGGUCACCGAAGACCAUCAGAAAACACAGCAAUAGCCACCCAUACUGCUCAUUCCCUGUCACCAUGUCGAGGCAACUCAACAUGGACACUCUGCGGCAAAACUUCUGGAAGGAGGAAUACCUCAGAGAGAUGAAGCUGCGCUGUGAAUGGCAUCGCAAGUAUGGGACUCUGGUGAAGGCCAAGCAGAAAGCCAAGGCUGCGGCCCGUCUUCCCCUCAAACUGCCCACCCUGAUGCCUAAGGCCCCAGACUCACCACCGCCUGUCUCCAAAACAGCCCCUUCUAAGGCCCCUAGCCCUGUCCCAGAGGUUCAUUUUCAGUCAGAAAUGUACCCAGUGUCACCCGACACCAAAGCCCUGCUGUAUGAAGGCAUCUCCCAUGACUUUCAGGGGCGCUACCAGUAUCUCAACACCCGAAAACUGCACCUGCCAGAGACGCGCUACCUGUUCCCCAUCACCACCAACUUCACAUAUGGCUGGCAGCUGGGCCCCGCCACAAAGCAAGAAAUGGUCUCUUGCAAGAUGUGCCGCAUUGAGUCAUUCUUCCGGAAGAAUGGGGCCUUUGCACUGCUGGACCCCCGAGACCUGGCCCUCUGACCUUGGGCCAGGCAGUGACUUAGGUGCAGAAAGAAGAAAUAAUAGGGUUUCUGGUGCA